UCAGCCCCUCCUGACAGCUCCUCUGUCCCCACCCAGCCUUGCUGUGGGCCUCCCAGAGCUAAUAGUCUCCUGGCCUCCCCUUGGCUGGCGUGUCCAGCUCAGAGAGGCUGUGCCCACAUUCCCUGGCCACUCUCCAGCCCACAGGAGCUGAGAAAACAAAGUCCAGCGACUGUGAGGGCUGAGCCGAGGCCACCGGAGGGGAGGCAGCAGCAAGGAGCCCUCGAGCGGAGGGCCCGGUCCAGCUCCCAGAUGCUCGGCCUCCUGGGGAGCACAACCCUCGUGGGCUUGAUCACAGGCGCUGCUGUGGCUGUUCUGCUGCUGCUGCUUCUGCUGGCCACCUGCUUGUCCUGCAGACGGGAGGAACAUGACGUGGAGAGGAACCGUCCUGUGAGGAGAAACCGAGUCAGGUGGGCCCAAUCUUGGGUCUCCCGAGGUCGGGGUCACCUAGGCCACUUGUACCAUUCCCGUCAUCCCAGACGUGGGACUCACAUGUCCCAUGCGGGCCUCCACCACCAUCACCACCAGACCUACCACCAUGCCCACCACCACGCCCACCGAGGCCGCCGCUGAUGCCUGUGAACGACAGCCGCUGCCUGUCCCACCAUCACCAGGACAAGUGGACCCCGAAGUUCCCAUGCAGAAGGGUGCCUCUCCAGUGAACACCAGGGUCUGCUUGGACUUCAUUUGCAUACUCUGCCCCAGUGUACGAUGGGUGGUCCUUUGGGGUGGACACCACCUUGUGAUUGUAACUCUCACUGGACACCGGAAGUGACUGCCCGUCCAGUGCUCUGGUGUGUACAGAUGCACAGAAGGUGCACCUUGCUCUCUCCGAAUUCUUAGGCCUCUGGCCGGGCCAGAAGCUGGGAGGGGCCCUGGCAAUGCCCUCUCAUUUACAGAAGGUGGUAUGAGGCUGCACAGUCAAUUCAAUGGUGCCUUAAUAUAAGAGAAUAAAAACCACA